UUCUUUCUUCAUAGUCAGCUAAAUCACUAAACUCUUUACAGUAUAACGGCCAAUAUAAAACACUAGGUUUAACAAAUUAUGACAGAGUUCUGAAAUAGACAGUAUAUAUAUUUAUAGAAUUCAGUAAUGAGGGGUGUCAAAGGUGUAUGUAUUGCUAUGUAACUUUACCCGUUUUCUAAUUCUUAUCGAAAUAAUUCUACUUUGCAGUCGGUCGAUAAAACUUCUCCUUUAAGAAAUGUUUAUGAGCUGGUUUCGAUUGAUUGGUCUAGCGGUUCAUCAAUAACAACAAAGUACUAGGCGAGCAGGAAAAAGCACUUCCUGUGUAGGUCGCCUCAACUUGCUUAAAUCCCUUUAAGCCCGCCUUUGCACACUAGUGAUUGGAUAGGAGGACAAAGUCCGUUCAGCGAAUGGUUAAUUUCGAUGUUAUCAGAACGAGUGCCGUUCGCCUUAAACAUAACAAAUUGACUUUUAACCCCACCUUCUCGAGCACUCCAUUGGGUAGUUUUCGGAAUUUUUUUUCUGAUUGGAUGUUGGCGUUUACCAUUGGCGUCAGCUAAGGUAGGUUGUGUAAAGAGUUGCUUGCCUAUUAAAAGUAAAAGUUUUUUUUUUGGCAGAGACGAGUGAAGGUGCAAAUGCACUCGGUCAGCAAUGUUGACUUCAGCCAAUAGACGUAUGCUUUUUCUUAUUUGGGAGUUGAUUUUUAUUGAGUUCAGAGUUAGCGCGUCGCGUAAACGGCACAGGUGCAUACUCCUGUGAUGCCAGGCUUUCUGUUUCACAGGUAUGCUGUGAAGAGAAUGCUGACUGACCUGCGAGAUUCAGUGAGCAUCUCCCCAAUAGAUGUUACUGCUAUUGGUACAAGUUGAGCAAUUUGGAAUAAACUUUUUGUUAUCCUGGAUUUACAGUCAGACUUAGGGCGUGAGAAUGCCUGAGAUGACAGAAAAUCAUACGCCAGCAUCCAAGUCUCACAGGAAAAAAAACAGAGAAACACACAAUGCAGUUGAGAGACAUCGAAAGAAGAAAAUCAAUGCAGGAAUUACCCGCAUUGGAGAACUCAUUCCUUGCUCCCCAGCUUUAAAGCAGAGCAAGAACAUGAUUUUGGACCAAGCUUUUAAUUAUAUAACUUACUUAAAGAGACAAAAUGAUGAGCUCUUAUUUAAUGGGGGUAACAAGGAGCAAGCUGAGGAGAUCAAAAAACUCCGAAAGCAGAGGGAGGAAUUGCGGAAAGAAAAUGCACACUACAUUGAAUUAUUGAAAGCAAAUGGUAUUAACUUCCUAGAUGACCCCACUGUGCACUGGAAAAGAAAAAUUAAGCGUGCCAAAGUGGCAAUGGUAAGCCCUGCACACCAAGUGCAAGAAAGCAUCAUUGUCUAUCCAAACAGCAGCAGGGUCAACACAAAUGCUCAAGAACUGCCUGUGCAGAACAUUGGAUUUAAUAUUGGCCACAGUGUACCAAAGCAGCCAGAAGCCUCUACACCUACAUCAAGCACUUGUAGUGUUUUUUCAGGAAGUCUUCCUAAAGUGUGUUGGACUGGAACCUUGCUUCAGAAAUCAAAUACACAGGAUGUACCAUGUACCAGGACUUUCAGUAUAGCUUCUGGUGGGCAGUUAUCUCCCACAGCUGUGCAGAAUGUUCAACAAUUGCCUGUAACUGUUUCUUGCACAAAUGUUCAAAAUUCUAUUUUGGGCACUUUGGUUCAGAGUGAGCCCAGCAUAUCAACCAACAGUAGUAACCCAUCUCAGACUAAAACUCAACCACCUAUUCCGGCAUCUGGUAGCACUUUAAAGGUUAUAUCCAUUCAACCUCAGCAAGGAAGCCUCCCUUUUUUUCAGGAAAAUUGUCCAACACCCCAGGAGAAAGUAAUGCAACCCAUUUUAAAAGUUUUGCCCUUGAGAACUUCUGUUUGUACUGUUCCAGUUGAGAGUCCAGCUCAGGUCACCAUGUCUGCCUGCACUCUUCCUUACUUCAGUACUACUUCAUCUUUUUCCUCUCCUUCUGCUGUAAACAAAGAUCCCAAUAAUGUGAUUGCCUUGAAUAGGAUGAUCUCUUCUGCCAACACACAGACCACGUGGACUACACUGCAUCUAGCAGGUAAUACUGUACAGCCCUUGAAUCACAUGUCUUCUGGUAUUUUGCCAACUUCAGGCAAUGAAACUACCAACACAGCAACAGGAAACAACAGGACAGUACUUAAUGGAAAUUAUGUUGCUACCGCUGAGUGCUCUACUGCAAGUCAGCAGACAAGCAUACAGACUACUGCUGCUUCAUUACCAACGGUACAGCCUCUGCCAGUACAGUCAGUGUUGCCACAGCCACAGGCUGCUGUCUUGUCCCUUGUUCAGGGAAUGCAAGUUGUUCAAGUGACUAACUCUGUUAAUACUACUGUCUCCCAACCUGUAAAUAAUCCAAAUGUGGUCAUUCUUCAGCCAGCUAAUGGUGGUUCAGCACCAGCAAUUGUCAGGGAAGCUGUAUCUAAUCAAACUCCCUGUCCACAAAUAGUAAUCAUUCAAGCUGCAAAUCCUAACCCAGUCCUUUCAACCCCGCUUUCUAAUAUCUCGCCUGCUUCUGUGCCAUUUGUUAACCCAGUGGUUACUUCUUGCAGCUUGGCCCAGACCUCCUCUGUCCAGACUGUAGGGGGUAAGCAACUUGUGUACAUUUUGCCUCGGCCAUUUGGAGCUGCUGGAGCACAAACAUUAUCACAAAACCAGACCAUUUCAGUCAAUGGGCAGAUGUUUGCCUUGCAGCCUCUAAAGCCUUCUCAUGGGUUAUCUAAUCAUGUGCAGUUUAUUCAGCCUACAACUUGUGAGGAUCCAAAGACCAAUGUUGCCCUCAACACUUUUGGAGCCAUUUCCAAUCUAAAUCAAAGCAUUUUACAGAUGGUCAGCCAUAAUACCACCACUGCCCAAACCAGUAACUCAUCCUCAAGCAGCCUAGUUGUCACUGGCAUGCCACCCAGUUGUAACCUUUCAGUUAGCAAUACCACAGGAACUUUAAGCAUAUGCCCUAAAAGUAAUGCUAAAAAAAAUUCUGUGAAACACAGUUCACCCAAGAUAAAAAAGACUUCAUCAAAGAAAACGGUUUCUUGUAAAAAUCCCCUUCCCAAGCAGACAUCUUCAUCACCAACGGUGCCAGACGCAACAAUUCGGCCAUCUAUGGAGACACAGCUGCAGAUAAUAAAAGUGUCCACUUCCUUGUCUCCAGAUCAUUUAACACCGCCUUCUCAAACUUUUACAUUCACAUCAGGAUCAUCCCCAGUGCCUGUGACUUCUUCUGAACAGUCUCAUCUUGUGCCAGACACCACUGAGGAGCAUUCAGCUCAAAAUGUGAACUCUUUAAACCAAAAAUCAUCUUCUUGUUCCCAUACUACAGAGACCAUCACAGAAAUGCAGUCACAUAUUUAUGCACCAGCAUUGUGUGAGCAAGAAUCUUCUACAUCUGCUUUGCCUGCAGCCUUGUGUCAGAAAAGCCAGGAACCAAGUGUUUCCACCAAUUCUAGUGCCAGUUCAGCCCCUGAGUCUUUGUCGUGCAUGAUAACCAGCAUUUCUGAGCUAUCUCCUCAAGUUUCUGUAUCUUGUAUAAAUGCUCCAUUACCAGCUGUCACAUGUGAAUCGAAUGUGGUUGGUAAUCCUAGCAAUGGGCCAAUUGUAGUUAGCAGACCUGACGUCUCAGCAGCUCCUAUUCCUGCACCAGAUCCUCAGAUGCUCACAACUGAGUCCUCUGCCUUAACAGAAGCUCCAAGUAAAGUGAUUUCACAAUCCCCAGAGCAUGUGGAAACUUCAUUCAAAAUGAAAGACAAAACAUUAGCUCAGCAAUUCAGCUCAGAAACAGAUGGAAGUUAUUCCUUGUCCAAAGAACAUAAUUCUGACAUUACAACUGAUAAACAGGACCACAACCAAGACAUUUUAUUGAUACAUUCAAAGGAAAAUGUGUCUGAGCAGCAGGUAUGUACUUUGGACCAUGAAGCUGUUGGAAGUUCUUUGCUCAUAAAUCGUCAAUCAGACUCCCCCAUGUCUACUGGUUCUGGAAGUAGCCGCAGUUUUUCUGUGGCAUCAAUGCUUCCUAGUACCAGCAGAGAAGAUGUUACUUGUGUUGGCUCAUCCACAAAUGCUUAUAGCAGCUUUCCAUUUUCCGAACAAGCAGACAUCUUGGCUCUUGCUACCACUGCAAUUUUUUGUCAAGAAAACCCAAACAGGAAGGAUACAGGUAAUGUGACUUUGAGCAGAGAGGGCCCUAGAGCCCAGCAUAGCAAAUUAAGACAUGGCAGCCAACCACCUAAGACAGUGCAGGAAAUACAAGAGAAUAUUCCAAAGCCACCUGAAGCACAGACGGGUCGACAUCUUCCUCAAAUUCAGUUAACCAAUGACAAGUCAAUUGAAUCUGUUAACAGCAAUUCCUCUGGGACAAACUUGACUCCUCAUACUUCAAAUUCAGAAGACAGCCUUAGUGUUAGUAAUCUAAUACAUCAUAGCACUCUGGCGCAGUCUUACAUGGUUCAGCCAGCUGGUCAGACAGCCAUUCCCCCUGUUAAUUUACCAAGGCCAUCAUCUAGUUCUUUUACAAAUCAAUGUCCCAGACCAACACAUGUGGUUGAAUAUUCUCAUAAGAACCUUGGCAUUCGAGGCCAGGCAGCUCAUAAUUUAAUUCUGAAACAGAAUAGUGAACAUCACAAGGAAGCAAAUAAGCGUUCCCCGCAGGAUGAUCUCCUGCCUGCUAAAAGGCAAAAGCCAUGCCAGGUCAAAUUGGUAUUAGACAGGGCAGUGGAAAAUAUUCCUGAACAUUCUCAGUUGAUGGUCAACCAACAGCCCUCUAGUUCUACAAUUUCAGUUAACAAUAACCAUGCACAUCCAGAUGGACUCAAUUCAUUGUUCCUUGCAAACAGUUUUAUGAAUUCUGCGCUGAGGCAGUCAGAUGUCCACUGUGUACCCCAGACUUCGGUUCAGGACCCACAGCAGAGUCAGCAAACUGGUGGACAACAUGUACAACAGCAGCAUCCUCCACAUAUAGGGGUGCAAGCUGCACUUCAUCUACAUAACAAUAAUCUAUACCAACAGCAGGAACAGCAGCAAAUGCAAGGCCAAAUCAGGGAAAGGCAUCACAUGUACCAGCUACAACAGCAUCUUGCUCAGUCAGAUGGUCAGUCAGUCUCGCAGCAGCAGCAUCAUAGUCUUCAUCAGCAGAGAACCAUGUCACAGGAGGUUCAGAUGCAGAAGAAGAGAGGGCUUGUUCAGGCAAGUCAGGCAGUUCCACCACUUUCCUUACAAACUAAGCAACACCACUCGGGUCAGAAUGAACAGAGUCUUCAACAGAAAACUGUGGGACAGCAACCACAACAUUCCCACCAUCCACAACUCCAGCAACAGAUACAACAACAGCAUUUUACCAGUGUUCUUCAGGAAAAGAGUUGUGAGAACCCCUCCACAAGCAGGGGCCAUCAUUCUGCUCACCCUCAAAAUCAUCUCACGCAGGACAUGCUUCACCAACAGCGACAACAGCAGCAGCCAGAUGGUAGCAGUGCCCCAGCACAGAGUCAGAUGCAGAGACUCAUGACCUCUCACACUGUAGAUCAACAGAUGACAUCACAACCAAGUACUGUAUCCCGAUCUUCUGAAAUUUCUUGUGCUCCACCUAGGCAAGAACGUAACCGGAUAUCAAGUUAUUCUGCUGAAGCCCUUAUUGGUAAAUCUACCUCAUCUGCGGAUCAGAGAAUGGGUAUGUCUAUUCAAGGGCCUCGUACAAACCAGGAGCAGUCUGAUAUGAGAUCAUAUAUUGAUGCUUCUAGAAAUAAAGGCAUAGUGCACAAUAUUCAGAAUCGGAUAUCGGUGGAACACACAGUAGCACCUGACAUCCAACGAGUCAAUGAAUGUGCAUCUUUUAAGACCAUUGGCACAAGUCAGCAUCAGCUGGGUACCUUUGAGGUACAGGCUUCACGCAAUAGUGAGAUGGUAGUAAAAACUGUGUCUUCACACAACAGAGGUGCCCAGUCACAAAGCUUUAGAAUAAGUCAAGUGGCAGCCAUAGAAAGGCAGCAAAGAGUGCCUUACCAGUCUGCUCAGGGCCUCCAGGCAGGAGGUGGCAUUCCUGCAAGGGAAAAUGAGAAUUCGUGCCAUCAGAGCUUCAUGCAGAGUCUGUUGUCCCCUCACCUUGCAGAACAGAUAAGCGCAAAUCAGAGGAUUUCUGAUCACCAGAGGAAUUCCCAGUGCUGCCCACCCGUUAGUAUGGAGUAUACCUGUCCACCAGCAAGGGAAACAAGCCAUCUUAGAAGAGAGAAUGACAGUCAGAACAGAGAAAGUUGUGAGAUGCCUUUAAGUGCUGUUAGUUCCAGGAACAACUCCAUAAGUAUUUCUUUUUCUAGCUCUUCAACAACUGGGGAAAUACAAGGCAAAAAUACCAGUCCUAAUGUAGCAGCUCAGAAGCCCAGCUCCAUGCGAAUAAAUGAUAGCCAAGGAAACAAAGGACAUCUAAACCAGCAAGUCAGCAGUAAUAUGCAUGUCACCACUGUGAGGCCUGUUCUGUCACAUUCAGCUGUCUCCCAUGGGGGCUCAGAGCAGGGCCCUUCUGAUACUCGACCACUAAAUUCUUCUGUUGGCCACCGUUCCCGGCACCCUGCACAAGACAACCAAAGCCCCAAAAUACGUCCCACUGAAAGAACCAGAUCUGCUAACCAGAGGCAAGGAAACACAUUUGAUUCUAACCAUCUUCCUUUGCCCUCUGGCGGCAGUAUGAUUUUGGGCCGCCAGCAAACAGCUGCAGAGAGGAGAGGCAGCAUUGUGCGAUUCAUGGCGGAUAGCUCUCAAGUGUCAGCAGACAAUUUAGGAACUGACCAGCAUACUUUUGGCUUUCCCUUUAUUCCUGAAGGUGGGAUGAAUGCCCCAAUCAAUGCUAAUGCCUCUUUUAUCCCUCCAGUAACACAGUCAGGCUCUACUCGAACCCCAGCUAUCAUACCAGUGGAACCCCAGAACACUCUCCCAUCAUUUUACCCACCCUACUCUCCAGCUGCCCACCCCAGUCUUUCCAAUGAUAUCUCACUUCCUUACUUCUCCAACCAAAUGUUCACCAGUCCUAGUACAGAAAAGGCCAAUACUGGAACUCUUAAUAACCGUUUCAGUUCAAUUUUGUCACCCCCUCGCCCUGUUGGCUUUGCACAGCCCAGUUUUCCUUUACUGCCUGAUAUGCCCCCCAUGCCAAUGGCCAACGCCUCUGGCAUCACGCCCCAUCUCUCUAAUUUUAACUUGACUUCCCUUUUUCCAGAAAUUGCAACUGCCUUACCUCCAGAUGGCUCUACAAUGCCCAUGUCACCUUUAUUAUCACUGACAAAUGCUGCAUCUUCUGACACAACAAAACAAUCCACCAAUCGACCUGCACACAAUAUAAGCCAUAUUUUGGGCCAUGAUGGGAGUUCAGCUGUGUGACAGGAGCUGCUACAUUUUUUUUUCAAUUGUGUCUUAACUACUCUUAACAAAUAGAAUUUUGUUUUCGCCUGUGUUUUGUUAUAUGGACUUACCCUACACAAAGUAAGUUAUUUUUUAAAAAAUUGCUUUUGAAAAAGUGUUUUAGGUAGACAGUGGUAAUAGAGAAGCGUUCUGUUUCUAGCUCUUCACUUUCUUACUGAGGUACACUUUUUUUGUUUGUUACUGUAAAUGUCCUGUUUCUUUGGUGUCUGAUAAUGUGUUUGCACUUGAGCCAGCUAAUCCAUUCUGUCUGAAGUUGUGACUUCACGUUAGGUACAUCUGAACUUUAGUUCAUGCACUAGAGCCUUAGGAUGUAAUUAGCCAUUACUACAUUUUUGAACACCCUCAUACAUGAAUAUUUUUCAGCAUUAUCCAAAUUAAUCAAAUUAGAGAAGUAGUAUGACACGUACUUCUGGGGGAAAAAAUAAUUAAUGAAAUGCUUUUAUUUUUUUCUCACCCCAGAUUUAUCUCUGUGCAUAGAAUAUUUGUAGAACCAUUCAUAUGUGAUUUGAAGGAUUUUUAAAUUAGGUAAAUGAAACACACAUUUUUAUUAAAACAUUACGGUACGUCAGUCCUAAAUACCAUAAGAAUCUCCACACAUUUUCUCUUAAGGUGAUUAUUCAUGUUAGACAUUUUGCUUGUAGUGGAGUUGAUGAACUCCGCUGGUAGGUAACUUUGUGCAGAUGGCUCAGGCAGAUACAGCUCAGGUCAUUUUUACACUGUUCAAGAACUACCAAGUCAUUACUGUGCAGUUAUAGGAGUUGACAGGUAAGUGUAGUUGAGGGUAUCGAGACCUGAUCACAGGAUCUGUGUAAAAAUUUCUGUUGCACUUUGUGCUUUGGAAGCCCAAAAUAUCUUGAGAAAAUGUGUCAUUGCAUUCAUCCUGCAUUGUGAAUGCAUUAUUUAUUGGUGAAAUGUAAUAUUUGAAGGCAUACAUGCAUACUCGAGUCUUUUUAGGUCACAUUGGAUUGAAUUCAAUAGUAUCAUUUACUGGACAAGAAUUAUCCAAGAAGCAAGAACGCAGAGCUUCCUUAACUGAUUUAACCUUGUGGGUAUCAUUUUAAUGUGCAGGCUAAGUAUUUUCUGCCCCAUGUCCCAGCAGAAUGGUGAAUUCUGAGAAUGAAGGAUUUAUUCUUAUUACCAUCCCUUCUGAAGGUUUCUCCAAAUUAUAAAGGCUAGUGCUGUGUUUGUGUUUCAUGACAUGGUUUCUUUCACAGUGUUAAUCCUCAGUAAGGGAAGAUGGUUGAAAUCACUGGGCACUAACACAUCAGAGCAAAUGCGACAACGCUGUGCGCACUCUGUUCAUGCUUUCGAUUCAGCAUAUUGAAAUUUUUUAAUGUCUUUUUUUAAUUAGUUGAGUAUCAGUUUUCAUUCAAACUAUCAAAUUAUUUUAAACCAGAUGUUUAAAGAAAUUUAGAAAGCUCAAUGUUUUGACUUCCAUUUCUUCUUUCAUGUUUUUUUUUUUUUUUUAUCAUUUUUGGGUUUUUUUUUCCAGUCAGUGAGACCUUGAUGUCAUUGUCCCUGAAUUCUUAGUUGCACUUAACAGUUUUAAUGAAUACAUUUGUAACAGUACCCCCCCACACACACACUUUUUAUCUCUUGACACGUUUAGUGCUCAUCGUAAGAAAUCCCGCUUGAGUUAUGAGUGGUCACUGUUUGUAUUAUCAGUACUUACAUAUAAGUGCUCGGCAUUGACGAUGGGCAACAGAUAAUAAAAAUGACUCUACACUGAACGAGAUCAGCAAAAAGGAAAGGGGGACUCUAAAGUAAAAUAGUACUUUUUAUAUUGCAAUCAUGAUUUUCAUCUAGUGACUAAAUCAGAAUGUAACUACAUACUAAUCAGAGCUAGUGAAGAUGGUUGACAGGAAAAUUUUUUUUGAGUAAUUUUGCACUCUUAAAUUUGAUUUCUGUUUUGUGUUUUCUUAUUCCAUUGUUAAUUGCACUUUCUACUUCUGAGUCAGAAACCUUUUUCCCAAAGCCUUAACUUGUAUAAAUAGUCAAAAAUGGGAUCAUUUUAUGGUGGUGAACCUAAUGGCUCUGUGGCACUACCAUCAGGAGCCAGGCAGAAGCAGGCUUAGCUUGGUUCCCAUUUUAUUUGUGGUACUUUUCUUUUUCUAAACCGUGGGGUUUCCUGACCUGCUUGGUUUGUUCCUUAUGUACGUAGAGUCCAUCCUGGCUGGGAAAAUGUCUCAAGCUUGGUGAUUUUUCAGUCACUUGAUAGGUUUCGCCAGUUGUGUCUGCACUCUGCAGUUUCAUUGCUCAGUGCUUGAUUUCAAAGUGUCUCAGUUUAGUUGGUUGAAUUUGUUUUGUUUUGUGUGGUGGUAGCCAUUGUGUAAAAAUGGGGUCCUGAGAGCUCUGACUUGGACCGUACCCAGGGCUUAUAAAAACUACUUACCCUCUUGGAAGUUUUUACACUUUUAUUAUUAUGCAGCAUUGAAUCACAGUGGAUUUAAUUUGGCAUUUUGACAGAUAGAUAGAUAGAUAGAUACUUUAUUAAUCCCAAGGGAAAUUCACAUACUCCAGCAGAAAAGCACUCCUUAAUGGCAAAGUGACAACAGAUCUGGAAAAUAAUCUAAAUUAAUUACCAAUACAAAAUCUAAAGUAAUGGCAUAAUUAUUGACUCAAGUCAUCUGUUGUGCAGAUGCGUCUUUGGCCACAUUUCCAGCUUGAAGUCUGUGUGCACAGGUCAUCAUUUUGCACUUUCUUCUUUGCUAAAUUCCUCAAGCUGUGUGACGUUGCAUGGGGCUUGUGAAUGAAGAGCCUUUCUCAAGUCUGGUCACAAAUUCUCAGUUGAAUUGAGAGCUGGACGGUGACUCGACCACUCCAGGGCAUCAACAUUGUUUUUAAACAAUUCCUGUCUAGUUUUGGCUUACUGCUUGGAGACGUUAGCUUGCUAGAAAAAAAAAAAAAGCCGUGGGUUGGUUUCAUACUUCAUCAGGUUUUCCUCCAGGAUGCUCCUGUAUUUGUCUAACCCUCUACACUUAAUAGCCUUCCGGGGUCUGCUGCAAAGAAGCAUUCUGACAGCAUGGCACUGGCACUGCUAUGCCUCAUGAAGGGGGUGAUGCGUUUUUGAUAAUGGCCACUUAGUCUGGUGGCCAAAAUGCUCCUUCUUCUGGCAGACGUCGGUGUCUCCUGUACACCUCCUGGCAAACGGUGUGUGUGUUGUAACAGUGGCUUUAUCAUUCAUAAAGCUGUGACAUGCGAAACACUCGGGUAACCUUUAGUUGCAGUAUGCACAGUCUCGAGCACUGUAGCUUGUAACUCCAUUAGUGUCAUCACAGGUUUAUUGGUGACCUUCGUUGCUAGUUGUCUUCUUACACACUCAGUUUGUGUCGAUGACCUGCUGUAGGCAGAAUUACAGCUCUGCCAUACUUGUUCCCAUUUCUUAAUGAUUAACUGGACUCCAAGGAAUAUUCGGUGACUUGGAUAUUCUUAUUUCCAUCCUCAACUUGUACUUUGCAGGUUGCUUGGAGUGUUCUUUUGAUGUUAGGCAACGAUACUGACGUGCCAUGAGUUGGACCCUCCAGAUAAGGUGCACAGUCAGCUGACUGUGGUCUCCAUUGAACUAAUUAUGUGACUUUUAAAACCACUUGGCUACAGCAGUGAUGAUUUAGGAGUGUCAUAUUAAACGGAGUAAAUACAUAUGCAGUCAGUUAUUUGGUGUUUUAUAUUUGUAAUCAGCUUAGACCACUUUGUUUUCAGUUUGAAAUUAAAGCGUCCUCCUCUGUUGAGUAGUGUCUAAAAGCCAAAUGAAAUGCUUUGUGAUUCAAUGAUGUAUGACAAUGAAAUGUGAAAUUGUGCGAGGGGUGAGUGCUUUUGAUAGGCAAUGCAUAGGUGAACAUUAAAAAAAGGAAGAAGAAAUGAGCACAGCCUGAAAUGGAGCCAAGAAAAAAUGAAAAGGUUGACGACAAGAGGAGUUUUUGAAAUGUAAAAAGAACAUUUACUACUUGUGGUUAUUUUGUGUAGUCAAUGCCCAAGAAAAGCAUCCUAAGGUUUCUUGCUUGUAAUGGGAUAACACCUGAAACUGCAGUCGGCCUCAAUGGGGGGUACCCAGUGGUGGUGUAAAUAGGCCCACUGUGCCCUGAGAGGUUUUGUAUUAUUAUGAGUUUAGUGUGAUAGAAUUAUGGAAAGCGUAUACCCUGUGGGCGGCAUUGGUACUUUAAACAACUUGCCUUUAUUAUUCAUCCAAGUGUGCUUUUUGUAAAUUGGGCUUCAACCGCCUCUGUGUAGUUAACAUUGUGCUUUGCAAUCCGCGCCGUUGCCUGCAGGUGGCGCUGUGAGCUUUUCUUUCCUUUAGCUCGCCUCCUUGACGUGUUUGUGCCUUGCGGUUAGUGGACGAGGAUGUCUUGGGGUUGCUGUUCUUUUUGGCAGAGCAGAACACGAUACACAAGCUGAAGCCAACUGCUCCUGUUUAGUUCACAUGUAGCAGAAAUUUGCCCUUUUUUUCUGCUUUUGACGCACAUAGAAUAUACCGUCUAGUUCGGUAAAGAAGGAGGUGAAAUGCGAGUUACCAGUGUAGGAGAGGGCUGCCUUAACUUGGUUCACUUCUUGCCAUUUCGAGCCCUGAGCUGAUCUGUCCGAGUCGGAGUCAGACUUUGCUUCCUUAGUGUUUAUGCCAGGUGAUGAGUCUCCCUGGUUGGUGUUGUCCGCUUUUGAAUGAGCCCUCGUAGCCCCUGGCGACACCUAAAGGACUCCCUCUAAGUGGACAUCAGUGUGCGACUGGAGCAGAUACUUCAGAAGAAUGGAUGGGUAGAACUGGCUGGCGGCUUUGUCCUUCUCCAAUAUGAUAUUUGACAUUGAUUUUAACACGUACGCCAUGUCAUUGCUGGCACAGGAGCUGCACAGUGGAUCCUGCAGGGGUGUCGCGUUUGGGAAUGGAAGGACAGUGUGGCUUGAGGGACAUUUAACACUACUUUGUUUUAAGUUUUGGAUGUUGCCUCUCUGGAUUUAAUGAUGGCAUUGCGAUUGCUUUGUCACUUGAGAAUGGCGGGGGGUUGGCAGGUGGGCUGUCACUGUAAUCUAAAUGGUGUAAAUUUAAAUAUAGAACCUCGUAAGGAAUUGUAUAGACCUGUAACAUAAUUUUAAUAUACCUUUGUAUUGCUUGUACAUAUUGUAAAUAGACAGAUAUUAUUAUUAAAGAGAUUUUUAUUUAGAAA